GGUAGCAGGAGCUGUGGCGGGUGGCGCGCUGGUGCGCGGGCGCGGCGGAUGGUGGCGGGAUGAGCGGCGGCGCGCUGGCGCUGACCGCCCUGUCCGGGCCGCCGCUGUCCGCCGCCGAGGCGCUCUCCUCUCUGCUAUGGCAGCCGUACGAGUGCCGCUCGCCGCCCCUCGCACGCUCCCGCACCGACGGAGCCCUAGCCCAGAGAGGGGGCGCUCAGUCGCCAAGCGGCGGUCGUCAUGCGCGCGCGCCACGCUCGAUACCUCGCCACGAGAUGCGGCUGCCCGUUCCGGCCGAGGCGGUCUCGGUGCGAGUCCCGGCCGAAGAUGUCGUGUCAAGUGUGAUAGUGCAAGUGCAGGAUGCGCCUGUCAGUUGUAAUGUAAACAGUGCGGUGCAGACGGAACGGCAGAGGAGUGUUGCUAGCGCGGAGUGCCAGACUGAGGAGCCUGCGCGGCGGCGGCGCACGAGGCGGGCGCGGGCUCCCCGUGUGCCGGAGCUGCUGGAGAGCGUGCCUCCUCCCCCGUACAGCACGCUGCCCCCGCCGCAGCUGCCGCCACCCCCGGCGCACCCGCACCCGCUGCCGCUGCCGGUGCCGGUGCCGCCGGCGCCGAUCAUCGCGCCGCAUCCUCCUGCGCAUAGGUUCCCCUUCCAGCCCAUCCCACUCAGAUCGGGCAGAGGCGCAGCGUACGCAUGUUCCGAAGGCGAAGGCAACGCUCCCAAGUCGUGUUGCGGCCGUCCCCCUCUCCGGCUAUGCGUGCUCUUCCUCGGCGUCGUGGGCGCGUGCUUGGUCGCCGCCGGCGCUGUACUCGGCGCCCUGAGGCCGCAUCCUAAAGCACCGCUCACAUUACUACUACUAAUGAUAGGUAUAGGAGUCGUGCUAGUAACGGCAGCAGGGCUAGCAUGGCGGCUGGGCGCGCGCGACGCGCCGUGCGCGCUGCUCGGGCUGCGCCGCACAUCGUGCAGAAGGCUCGUGCCCAGACUACCGCCGAGCUACGCUAGACCGCACCACCCGUACGCGGCCAUGCUGUAUCCAGAGUUCCACUAUAGGCCGCCCCCGCCGACGUAUCAGGCGUCUAUGCAAGAGUAUAGACUCAGGUUACUUCUCUUGGACAGAAGUGCGCCCGCGGUGUCGCCGCCCCCCACGUACAGAUCAAAUUCAGCUAGUCUAGUCAGAGGGUCCACUGGUGCCGCGUGGUGCGGCUCCGAGUACAGCGGGCCGCCCUCGUACCGCGCGCCCCGCGCCGACCCCCCCGUCACCACCGACGUCCUUCCUCUCUCCCCGCACGACCUCAAGUACGCCGAAGACGCCCUAGAACUACCCAAAACCGAGCAAGAAAAAGACCGCGACGAACAUCUGGUCACGAUAGUACACACGGACGCGCAGCCGGUGAUCGUCACUGUGUCGGGAUCGACAGCUCUCAACGACACGCACAUGCAACCGCCGACCGAAAUCGAUAUUUUGGCACAUUUAUAACGAACCACAUUGUUAGUACGUGUCGCGUGUGCUCCGAUGUGAACAAAGUGGACAUAAAGCGAAAAGUGAUUGUUGUACCUCCGUGUACAUUUUCUGUUUUGUAAUUUUAAGCUAAUCAGAGUCUAGGCUACGUUUGAAAAGCUUUGUUUAGUUUGAAAUGGUUUUGUAUUUUGAAAUAACAAUUAUUUAUUUCACUUGAAUACAUUUGGCGUUUGAAACUUGGGCCGGCUAUACUUAGAGUGGAAACGUUGUCAGACUUGUUUUACAUUUGUUAUCUUAUCAAAGUUGGAGGAAGUAUUAUACAAUAAUACUAUAAACCGUGGAUAUUAAACAACAUGAUAAGCUAACUAAUAUAAUAGGCGUGUUUGAUAACAUUAAACAAAUAGUCCCCUGCACCGAUAAGUCUGCGAUUUUUCAUUCUAACUAUAAUAAUUUCACGUACCUUUAUGUAGAUAAGUUUUGUGUAAAUAUUUUAAAAGUACGACGAAUGUCUGUUUAGUUUAAUUAAGGUAAAUUUAUUACCUCAAGGAUCAUUUUUCAAUCUCAAGUCAAGGAUAUAUCAUAUAAAAGCCUCUCCGGAGAUUGAAAAAUCAACCUUCAACCAUGUGCCGUGUAAAUAAAAUGAUAGAUACAAAUAAUUAGAGCUAAUUGUUCAAACAAAGAUCAAUUAAUUAUUUAAACCAAAUCCUUUGCUGUAAUGUACAAGAUUGAGUACAGUGUUAUUUUAUAAUCGUGCCAAUGGUUUUCCUACGUUUAUUGUAAAUAUGUAUUAACAAAUAAUUUAUAAUCCAGAUCUCGACUAACAUAGCCUAUAAAUGAGUAACAUAUUGUUUCUGGAUAUGAUCUAGGUAAUCGUAUCUAUUCCUACUUGUUCUUUCCCGGUU